GGGAGGAGUUGGAGCUCGGUCGCUCCGGCGGCGCACGCGAGGUCUCCCUGCUCCUGGUUCGUCUACUCUUCCUGCCGUCGUUGCUCUGCCGGCCGGUGGGCUGCAAAGUGGAAUCUUGAAAAUCGAUAACGAGAAAUAUGUAUCAAUAGCUGGACAUUUGUUAACCAAAUCAUCCAAAAGUGUUUGUAUGUUGUCAAGAUCUUUGCUUCCUGUUGUCAAAGUGACAAAGCACUCUAGGUUAGAGGUCUGGCCUAUGAGCUCGGAGGUAUCAGGACCUACUGAUGAAAAUAUCCAUAUGAUUUUAUUUCCUCACAGCAUAAGGUCUGACAAAGAUGUAGAUCAACUAAUUAAGGAACUCAUGGACAAUGACCUGGCCUUACGUGCUGUUGUUGGUGAAGCUGAGAUGCUGAUAUUUCCUUCAAUAAUACUGCCCAAACAAUACCAAACUUUUAAAGGAAAACAUUACUUGUGGGGAGUGUUCAGGCCCAAGAAAGAUCCUGAAGGAGCAAAUACGCAAGACAAAGUCAACCAGGAAUCGACUUCUGCACAGGGCAGCUCAAAUGCUUCUGCUGCUGCUGCUGCCGCCACCAUACCCGCAAAUCUUCAAUGGAUCAGCUCAAGCUCAGGAAUCCCCACAGGGAUGAUGUUUGCCUUUGUGCCCCAGCCAUCUCCAAGGAUUGAGCAACUCAUUCAAGAGAUGCAGCGUGAAGGUGUGGUGUUUGUUGGAAUGCCAGAAAUGGCAGCAGGGCCUGGCCUUGUCCAGGCAACAGCAGCAGCAGCAGCAGCAGCAGCAAUGGAGUAGCAGCAAAUGCGUUCUGAACGUAGUGCUCUUCGAUACAUGCAUUGGCAUUUGUUUCUUUCUGCAUGUUCAGGUGUUCUUUUUUUGCGCCCCGGGUAGUGUCUUAGCAAGAUAUAUACAUGCAUCUCUUCUGGUGAUGUAGAAAUGUGUACAUGUUUGUCUGUGUGCAUCGAUCCCAGGGGAAGCCUGAUCGUAAAAGUUCAGGCUGGCUGCAAUUAAUAUCGUAGUUAAAGUUUGAUUCUGACUCUUUUUUGUAUGGUGGUUAAGCAACAAACAUUUAUAGCAAUGUUCUUGGCCUGUUGCUCUUGUUGAU